CACACACACCAGAAAACCCCUAGCUGCUGAGAAUCACAAGUGUGGAGGAGGCCAUUGUGCUUACGUCUUGCUUGUGAGCUCCUGGUUUCCAGGUCUGUCUUUUGCCUGAUCCAUCAGCCGGGCUCUUUUGAUGCUCUUUUGGUCCCCUUUUACAGAUGGGUAACUGGAUAAAUCAAGUGAGAAGAAAAGACUUUCACUUUCCAUAUGUCCAACAUUCGGCUAUUACUGUGCACUCAAAACCUGCGUCAGACUCAGAACUCUGAGAGGGACGGGGAGAGUCAGAGGCUGCCUGAAGUUGCAGAGAUAAACAGCCAGACCAGGAACACCUCCAGGCUGAGAAAACUGCCCAGCAGAAGUCAAGGAUUUCUGGACCGCUGUGAACCUUGAUGGCAGCUUGUCUUUCUGCAAUAGGCAGCAUGGCCAAAGCCAGAACAGACAAAGAAUUGAGAAUUCUGCUCAUUGGCAAAACUGGAUCUGGGAAGAGCGCAACAGGAAACACCAUCCUGGGGGCUGAGAAAUUUAGAAGCACAUCCAAUAUUGAUUCAACAACCAAGGACUGCGAAGGAAGAGAAGCCCCUGUAGAUGGCAGGGCAAUUGUUGUUGUUGACACACCUGGGUUCUUUGAUACAGCAUAUAAGAAACGUUUCUCACGAGAAGAGCUGAAGAAGUGCGUUGACAUGGUCUCUCCUGGAGCUCAUGCCAUCCUCGUGGUGAUAAAAGCGGGAAAGAUCACAAAGGAGGACCAGGAAACAUUUCAGCUCGUGAAACAGCUCUUCAAGGAUGAAGGAAAGAACUAUCUGAUUCUUUUAUUCACCUAUAAAGAUGAGUUAGAUAAGAAUCAUUUAACUAUAAAUGAGUUCAUACGAGGCGCUGAGGGGCACCUGAAGGAUCUAAUUGAGAUGUCCGAAGGACGAUUGAUUGCUUUUAACAAUGUGGCUGAUGAAGAAGAAAAGCGGAAUCAGGUGAAGGAGCUCAUUGAGAUGAUUGAUGGCUUGGUGGCACUCAAUGGCAGAACACCACUGUACACCGAAGAACAAUUCAAAAAGGACAGCUCUAGCUCUUGCUGUAACAUUUUGUAAUAUCGGCAGUGAGGAGUCGGGAAUCAAGGAUGGAGAUAUGUUUGCCCACCACCGCUUUCUUUUCUUUUCUUAAUAAUAAUUUUUAUUAGUUUUCAAUUACUAUACAAUAAUAGCCUCAUUAUAAUAAUACCAAUUUAUAAUACAAUUAUUAAUACCAAUCGUUCAAAUACUGGGUCAUACAAUUUAGAUAGUGGCCCCCCCGCAUACUAGAAUUGAUGGGUUGAUUAUUUUCUUUAUUUCUGCAUUCCAAAAUCUUAUUACUUUCCAUUACUUUCCCUUAUACAACAACCGCAAUAUUAAUAACUGUCAGUUUGCAUUUUCUUAGUGCAGAAAGAUCUUUCCUAUUCUAUUUAAUUCAAGAAGGUUCUGGAAGCUUCUGUGUGUGA